UAAAUUUGAAAUUGAAGAGGGAUAGGCGAGAAUGAGCUCACACGAUAUACGUCGUCCAUUCAAACGUCCGGCGAUCUCCGACCAACAACGACGUCGUGAACUUUCAUUGCUCCGACAAUCCCAAAACCGGCGUGACGCUCAGUUACAAGCCCGUCGUUUAGCUUCCACAGUUCUCUCUCUUCAAGAAGAACAACACCAAGUUGACGCUGUCCCUGAAGCUUGUUUAGAAGAAACAGAUGAGGAUGAUUAUGGAAAUCAUCAUAAGGAUCUUCGUCAAGCUACUAAGCUAAGAGGACCUGAAGCGAGGUUAUGGUUUGCGAAGCAACUUAUGCUUCCCGAAUGGAUGAUUGACGUUCCCCAUAAUCUCAAUACUGAUUGGUAUGUAUUUGCUAGGCCUGCUGGAAAACGGUGUUUUGUUGUUUCUUCGAAUGGAACAACAAUCAGUAGACUGCGCAAUGGAAUUCUCUUGCAUCGUUUUCCUUCUGCCCUACCCAAUGGUGCCAGGACUAAUAACAGUAAAUCUGCUCAAUCAUACUGUAUUCUUGAUUGCAUAUUUCACGAGUCUGAUGAGACUUAUUAUGUCAUUGACGGUGUUUGUUGGGCGGGAAUUUCAUUAUAUGAGUGCACUGCCGAAUUCAGAUUCUUUUGGUUAAACAGUAAGCUUGCUGAGACGGGGGCUUGUGAUGCUCCCUCAACUUAUCAUAGAUAUAGAUUUAGCACUCUUCCUGUACACAACUGUGACAAAGAAGGACUACAGACAGCUUAUGCAGGACAAGUUCCAUAUGUCAAGGAUGGAAUACUGUUUUACAACAAACAUGCACAAUAUCAAACUGGAAAUACACCACUAGCAUUGGUUUGGAAGGAUGAGAACUGUAGCCAGUAUGUCAUUGAUACGGAUAAUAAAGGACAAAUUCCAAGUCAACAACAGGUAGUUUUGGAGCUCCUGGAUGAUGGCAGACUGGCUACAUCUGAUGACCCUCCUGUCAUAUUUGGCUGCUUGCUUGGUGAAUUCGUGCAAAAGACAGAACUUCACCGUGGAGAUCUUCUAAAGUUUGCAAUAGGUGAAGGGGGGUUAGUUAUUGUUGACAGUAAACUGGAGAAGGUUGAUCUGCAAUACCUAGGCAAGUCCAAUCGUGCUCGUGCUUUUGCUGAUAGUUACUCGAAGGUCUUGUUCCAGCAUGCAGCGCGGUAUUCUCCUCUCAGAAUUGAGUAUCUUUUUGCAUCAAUCAGUUCAUGUGUUGAAGAUGGAAAUCCAACCCAAGAUGCAGAGAUGGCUGGUUAAAGGCGGCACAUGCAGGAAACACAUUUCAGCUAAGCCAAAUAAAAAUGCCCCGUAAGAAAUUAACUUGAGUGGUAGGCAUGAUCAUUCUCGUCCUGCAUCAUUUUUCUUGUUUGAACGUGUAUAUAUGAUCCAAGAAAAUACAUUUUUGCGUCACUUAAGAUUAGAACAGUCAUAGGUGAGAAAGUAAAUCCCUUUUUGACUUCACUUAUGAGGUUUCUUCCCCGGUCUGAAAUUGACACUUUCCGGUCUCAUCCAUCUACUACUACUACUUAAUUUGAGCAGUCUAAACUUUUACAAAUGAAGAUUAAGGGGAACGCCUCUGAAAAUCCACAGCUUCUGAUUGCGCAGCUGAACUUACCUCCGGUGUCCAACGGUUCAUUGUUGACGUAAUAUUUUUCAGAACAGAAUUAAUAGUUUGGCGAAGACAGCGCUGAUGGCAACAUGUUUAUACAAAAGAAGUGCACAUGGGUCUCUCGGUUAAUGCUUUGCAUAAUAGUCCACAACAGAACCUUUUGGAAUUUUGUAUUUUAUUUAUGAAAAGCUCCAAUACUCUUCUCGAUGUUUCCCCUUGGAAUGAGAUUAACAAUCUAAGUGACACAGCUUUGUCUAUUUGUGAGGGAGGGAUUGAUUUUUAGAGCACAUCACAUGAAAAUUGUAUUCAGCCAGUGGUGGAGUGAAUAUAUUUGCUGAAACCAACGUUAGUGUACGUUAUGACUUCUCGUUUUGUAUUGGAACCAAUUACAACAAAUUUUGUAGCUGAA